AUUUAUUAAUGAUUCCUCCACCGCCACCACCUCCUCCUAAAUAAGUUCAAAAAGAAGAUGCUUUUAGGAAGAAACUGUUAGAAAAAUUCGGUAAUUUCGAAGGGUCAACCACUGAUGAAAUCGAAAAAAAAUUAAAAAAAUCAGAGGACAUCGAUGAAACCUGUUUUAGUGAAGCUGAUGGAACUGGAGUUUUGGAAAAUUAACCUCUGGAUACUUCAAAUUGUACACAAUGCGAAAGGUGUUAAAAAUGGAUAAAAAAUGAGUCAUAUCAACAUCAUCUAAUAUGCCAUUCUACAAGAGUAAGGCUUUCAUAUCAAUACUAUUAAGAUUCUAGAUUGGUUGUACUUGGGAGCAGCAAUCAAUUCAGAGAAUGAAGUCGAACUUGAUCUGAGGACGAAUGUCACCUACAUUUUGAAUGCUGCUGCAGAAUGCUAGAAUUAUUAUCCCCAAAAAUAUCAAUAUCUGAAAUUGCAUCUCAUGGACACUAUUGGGGAAACUAUCCUAAACCACUUUGAUGAAGCCUAUGAGUUCCUAGGUAAACAUUUAAAAAUAACACCCCAGAAAAAUGCAGAAAAGAAGGGAAAUGUGCCUUAGUGCAUUGUCAGUUGGGUAAAUCGAGAAGUGCUACUAUUGUGAUUCUGUAUUUGAUGAAACAUCUGGGCAUGACCCUCAGAGAAGCAUUUAAAUAUACUAAAGAGAAACGAUACAUUGUCAAUCCCAACAUCGGAUUUAUCAGGCAAAUGAUCUAGUUCGACGAGCAAUUAUAUGGAAAGAGAUCAAUCACAGCUCAUGAGAUCAAUCCUUUAUGUAGUGUGGAGUUUGAUUGAUGACAAAUACAAUCCUCUGUAUUCUAUAAAGAAUAAGAAAUAUAAAUCAAUUCGC